AUGACGUCGCAACCCGAGAUGCUUCCUGUAGUGGACUACAUUUCUGCAGUUGUGACUGCUUAUCUGGAUGCUUCAAAUUUGGUCGGGCACAUUAAGCAACACAGCAACCGACAGUUGUCUAAAGAUGCUCUGGCAAGCUUGGAAAACUCCCUCGCCCUCGGACCCCCCAUAGUACAAGGCCAAUAUGGUUUAGAUGUCAAGGCUAUUGGCCAAACAUAUGAGGACGGGGAUGAGACCGCUCGAGAAAAUAUGAAGCUAAUUCUGGGAAAUCUGCAAGAUACCUUGCUUGUCGGGCUCAAGCGGACUUUGAUGGGCAAUCUCGAUUUGGACUUUGACACCUUGCAAGCAUCCUCCGACAACGGUCGGAUUGGCUCGAUAAUCUGCUUGAGCCAGUUGGGUAAACGCCUCGGACCCAGCAUUUCGAAUCCAAAUUUGUCGAUCAUUUCCACCCCUGAACAUGGAGCCGUGGAAACCCCAUCCCACAAUGACUUGUCAAAUCCGGAAUCUUCACAAAGCUCAGUAGCGCAAAGCGCAUUCUCUGGAGAUGCAAGAAGCCAUUCUGCAUCUUCCCGCUCGCCAACCACGGAGUCGGAAAAUAUGUCAACCCCUUCUGAUAUCGCCAAUCCAAUGAUUCCGGAAGGAAGUGUCAGCUCUUCUGCCCAUCGGCGAUCCCUUCGCUUUAGGUCGAAACCACCCGUUGAGCUACCAGCCAAUGAAAUCGACACGAUUGAUUGGGACCCCGAGCUGUGCAUUGCAAAUAGAAACAAUGUGACUCAAUGCCCCAUAUUGACAGUAAGGGAAGCUAGUGAUGAACUGGAGGAUCUAUAUAGUGUUGAUGCAAUGGCACCAGAAUCCCUAGGCCCAAGGAGUUUCCCCUUUGAAGACCAGAAGGAGUUCCAUCGUCUAAAGAACGAAUCUCGGCAUAAUAAUUGGCGCAAAGAAGUUAAUAAUACGCUUGAAUAUCCCCUGCAAACUCAACCUGGCAGAUUACCAUCUGCUCCCGCACCAAAUGUGUGGGGGUUUGGACAUCUCUACUCGUCCCCGCCAGGCGAUAUGCCUAGAUCCAUUUUUUUGUCGACCCCGAAAUCCAAUAAUUUUCUACAACACAGGCGACGACCAGAAUGCCCGCCAAGAUCUCCCAGCACGAGCACAUCUACCAUCGAAAACGACUCUCCUCCUAAUUUCUAUCUACCCAGCGAAGAGAACAACUUUGCCGGCUUCUGCAAAGGCGCAUGGAGAAUGCAAACAGGAAUGGGGAAAGCGAUACGAUCCGAGCAACGGCCGUCGGGGAUGUUUUCGCAAGACCUCUUCUGGCGCUGUACCAAAUGCAAUUUCGAAGGUCCCACGGACCUCUUCUCCGAUAACCUUCCAACCACAAUGAUGCAGGCACCCAGCUUCUCCUGCACCACUCCUCUCGACAAACCAUCCCGCUCCUUUGACCAGCGCGUCCGCGUCCAUCAGGAGACGGGCAUCCGAUACCGCUGGGCGUUCCUAGCCAAAUCGCAUGUCUUUUGCCGGAAAGUCCCACCAAUCACUGACGGGUCGACAUGUAGCUAUGGCUGCAUAUACUGUUGCACUGAGCAGCGGAGUUCUGCGCCCGUAUUUGGGAAUGUUAACUCGUUUAUGAAGCAUUUGCGGACACACGAUGGAAGCUAUAUGCGUGGACAUACCAAGGCGCCGGACCAGGAGUUGCUAAACCGAACGAAAUGUAUUAUGGGUAGGGCAGCGCGUGACUGGGAGGAGUUUGAUAUUAACAUUCCGCCAUUUGUGGCGGAGGUCCAGGGGUAG